AUGCUUGACCAGCACCGUACGACUCGUCGACAACAGCAGUCGACACUUGGGAAUAGCAACUACAACUCAUUCAUGUCAGCAGAAGAACUUCAGGAUGUCGCCGAAAACGAGAUCGAGUCCAACUGGGACCAGGUCGUGGACAACUUCGAUAACAUGGAGUUGAAGCCCGAACUGCUUCGCGGCAUUUACGCUUACGGUUUCGAGCGCCCCUCUGCUAUCCAGCAGCGGGCCAUCGUCCCUGUCGUGAAAGGCCACGACGUCAUUGCACAGGCCCAAUCCGGUACUGGAAAGACCGCCACUUUCUCUAUUUCGAUUCUCCAGCAGCUGGACAUGUCUAUCAAGGGCACGCAAGCCCUCAUCCUCGCCCCCACCCGUGAGCUGGCUCAGCAAAUCCAAAAGGUCGUCAUCGCCUUGGGCGAUUACAUGAACAUCGAGUGCCAUGCCUGCGUUGGAGGUACCAACGUCCGUGAGGACAUGGCCAAGCUCCAGGAGGGCGUCCAGGUCGUCGUCGGUACCCCAGGACGGGUGUUCGACAUGAUCAACCGCAGGGCGCUCAGAACCGACAACAUCAAGAUCUUCUGCUUGGACGAGGCCGAUGAGAUGUUGUCUCGUGGAUUCAAGGACCAGAUCUAUGAAGUCUUCCAGCUCCUGCCGCAAGACACCCAGGUCGUCCUCCUGUCCGCUACCAUGCCCGCCGACGUGUUGGAGGUUACCAAGAAGUUCAUGCGUGACCCCGUCAGGAUUCUCGUGAAGAGGGACGAGUUGACGCUUGAAGGUAUCAAGCAGUUCUACAUCGCCGUUGAGAAGGAGGAGUGGAAGCUCGACACGCUCUGCGAUCUCUACGAGACCGUCACCAUCACCCAGGCCGUCAUUUUCUGCAACACCAGGCGGAAGGUCGACUGGCUCACCGAGAAGAUGCACUCGCGCGAGUUCACAGUCUCGGCCAUGCACGGAGACAUGGAGCAGAAACAGCGCGAGGUUCUGAUGAAGGAGUUCCGUUCCGGAUCAUCUCGCGUCCUGAUUACGACCGAUCUCCUCGCCCGCGGCAUCGACGUGCAGCAGGUGUCGCUUGUCAUUAACUAUGACCUGCCCACCAACCGGGAGAAUUACAUCCACCGUAUCGGUCGUGGCGGUCGGUUCGGUCGCAAGGGUGUCGCUAUCAACUUUGUCACCACCGAGGACGUGCGCAUGCUGAGAGAUAUUGAACAAUUCUACAACACCCAGAUCGAUGAGAUGCCUCUCAACGUCGCCGACCUCAUCUAA